ACAUACUGCGCAACUUCCAAGAAAAAAAGAAAUGGGCAUGAUGCUGUCUCUUUCAACUUUAAUCAUGUUAUUUGGUAUCAAAAUCGUUUUUUCUGCAUAUUCAAAAACUUGCUUCACUUCUAGUCAAUGUACAAACGACCAAAUAUGCUGUAUACGUAAAAUUAAGAGUUACUGUUUGCCCCAAAAUCAGCGUAGCUGUAACUCAAAAUCAGAAGCCCCUGAUGGAGCACCUAGUUGCAACAGUUUGUGUUCGCGAUCGUGUUGUGACGAACGAACUGUUUCAACUUGUGAAGACUCGUGCCCCCAAAAAAAAAUUAAUAAAAAGAGAAGCAACUUUCCGACUUUAAGCGUUAUUGGGAGUGGUAUUGGUUUCAUUAUUUUUUGUAUAAGCAUCAUGGCACUUUCCCUGUGCUGGCGUAGAAGAGGAAUGCGCAUGAUGACGAACAACCAUGGAAGAACUACCUACGUUACAACAGCAAAUACCCUACAAAAUUUCGGAUUUCAACAGCCAGGCUACCCGGGAAGCUACCCAAUGGUCCAAACAACUGGUCAGGCAUACCCAAGCACACCAAUACAGUAUCCCCAAAAUAUUGGUGUGAACCCAUCAGCAGGUUAUAAUGACAUGCCUCCACCCUACCCAAACUGAUUCAUUUGUAAAGUACCGUGGGGUAGGAUGGGAUACAGUUAGCACCUAAAUCCCAUAGUUCCGGAUCGUGUUUUUAUCAAUUAGUUAAUGAGGUUAUUAAAUCCUUUAAAUAUUUUUUACCAUCAAAUGGAACGAGAAAAGAGAACGUAAGCAUGUCUCAUUUUACCCCGCCUAAUGUAUAAUUAAAAGUUAAGAACUGUGAGAAUUUAAUCAAACUUUUACAGAAUUUAAUUUCGCACAAAAUUACUUGGUCUCAUAAAUUCUAAAUUAAGUUCUUUGCAGUUUUUAUCUUUUGUUUCGAACGUUCAGCUAUCAAAUAAAACUCAGAAUCAAUAUCAUCAAAUGAGGAAAUAAUAUAUAUACCGAACAGUGUACAUGUAUAAUUAAUCGCCAUGUUAUACGAGAAAAAUUAUUCACUGUUCAGAAUUUUUUUAUUUUACCGCAAGGUAGCGCUAUGUAGCUGUGUUUUAUCAAUUGCGGU